AUGGCCAACAACCAAAACUUCCCAGUAGUCGACUUUAGCGAUUUUGGAAACAGAUACGACAUUAUUGCUAAGGAGGUGCUCGAGGCAUGCAGGACCAUUGGCUUCUUUUACAUUAAAAAUCACAAUGGUCCUACUUCAUUGCAAUUUAAACGUGCUUUCGAAAUGAGUGAAGCUUUCUUUACACAACCGACAGAAACCAAGAUCCGAUUUGGCAAGUUCGAGUUGAGCUGCCUCGAAGGUUACAUUAGUCUUACCCCGCAAAGAGUGGACGAUAAAGAAAUCGUCUAUGACAAUGACAAAGAGCAAGUUCCCGAAUAUUAUCUUUACCGCGGCAAGCUAGUGUUUGAUAUUUUGCCUCUUUCCAAACCUCAAAAUCUCCCUUUUGCUUUUCAAGACAACAAGCAAGAGCUAGAUGCGUUCUAUAAGGGUAUGCAUUCAACAGUAAUGAAUAUCUUCGAGCUUCUUGCAUUUGCGUUACAGAUUCCUGCAAAUCCAGAAACUGGAGCCAACGACUAUUUGAGCUCGCGCCAUCGAUAUGAAAAACCAUUUGCUACCAGUAUUUUGCGUUUCCUUCGUUACCCAAGCGUAGAGUCAACCGGUCGUGAUGAGGAAGUGGUUGCUUCUGCGCAUACGGAUUAUGGAUCGAUUACAUUGCUUUCUCAAAGAGACAUUGCUGGUUUGCAAGUCGAAAUUGAUGGUGUUUGGACUGAAAUUCCAAAGGUCGACGAUGCUAUUCUCGUCAAUGUCGGUGGUGCGCUGGAAUAUUGGACCCGAGGAUUGCUCAAGGGUGCACUUCAUCGUGUUGUCGCUACGCCAGAGUUGCAGGCCAACGAUAGAUAUUCUAUCGCAUUCUUCGUCGUCCCAGAGACCAACACCAUGCUCACUGGUAUGCCUAGUCCGUUGCUUCCGGCCAAAAUGCCAGAUCUCGAGGACGUUCCUACCGACAGAGAAUUGACAUCGGACGAAUACAUGAUGGAACGCUUCAAGAGCUCAUCAUAUUUGAAAAGAGACUAG